AUGGAGAGGUCACUGAUUCGACGCCUGGUUCCGCCGUUGGCAGUGCGAUUGAGGCUAAGAAACAAUUGUUCUUUGUCCACUUCUGUCGUUCACCAUGCUUCUUCUUCGUCUGAUUCUGUCGUGGAGCCUGUUUGCAUGACCGAAAACUGCGUUCGAAAAAUUAAGGAACUAGAUGCUGGUGAAUCAUCAGCAGACCGCAAAUUGCUUCGUUUAAGUGUAGAAACUGGUGGAUGUUCUGGGUUUCAGUAUGCUUUUAAUCUGGAUGACAGAAUUAACUCAGAUGACAGGGUUUUUGAGAGGGAUGGAUGUAAACUGGUUGUUGACAAUAUUUCGUAUGAUUUUGUGAAAGGUGCAACUGUUGAUUAUGUUGAGGAGCUAAUCCGUUCAGCUUUUGUAGUGACUGAGAACCCCAGUGCAGUUGGUGGCUGCAGUUGUAAAAUUUCCUUCAUGGUCAAACAGUAA